AUGCAUUGUUAUAAAGCAAACCGGGAUUUGCUGGAGCAGGAAAAAAUUCCCUGUAUGCAGUCAACAAUUGGUUGGGUGAUAUCUGCGGCAAAUAAUUCAUUACACCUUCAAAAGUUCGGAUGCGCUCUUCAGGUCUUACUUGCUCAAUCCAGACUGGUUGGUUUAGUUCCUGUGUUCCCCGGGGAGCCUCCGCGGGGCACGCACCCCCGUAUCGGAUACAAACUGUUCCGUUUUCUAUACCUUAUAUGUCACAUUUGUGUCUUGUUUACGGGAAAUCUGUACUGUGGUACUGUGAAUUUCCUCAGUAUCGUUCUGUUUUCCUUGGCGUUGUGA